UUAAAAAAAAAGCACAGACACUAAUCUAAUGGGACAUUUCUAAUGAGUUUAAUUAAAAGUAGCUCUUGCAACUGACUGACACUGACAGAAAGUGUUGUUUGGAUGUUUCAGCACUGGACAGCUCUCCCCCACGUGUCUCUUGCUUCCGAACGCGUGUGAAAAUCCGUCACAUCUGUUGGGGUGGGGGGCUCGAUCAGAGAGCAUGGCGGACUCUCCACAGCAUCCUCCCCACAGCUGCUGCUAACGCCGAGGCUCGAGAGAUGAGCAUACCGGAGUUCCUACUGGAAGUGUCCAUUGUGGUGAUAGCUGUUGUGUCGCUUCUGACAAACUUGUCGGUGCUGCUAUGUUUCACCCAGAGCGCAGACUUAAGAUCCCAUGUGCCGGGCAUCUUCAUCCUAAACCUCUCCUUCUCCAACGUCCUCCUCACUGUCGUCAACAUGCCCGCCACUUUUUUCGGUGUGGCCAAAAGCGCAAAUCCCUUCGGGGAUUUGUUUUGUCAAGUUGUCAGUUUCUCUGAGACUUUUCUCACCACUAAUGCGAUGCUGAGCAUGGCCGCGCUGAGCAUGGACAGGUGGAUAGCGGUGGUGUUUCCUCUAAGUUACUCCAGCAAGAUGCGCUACAGGGACGCUCUUGUGAUCGUGGCGUACUCCUGGCUGCAAUCUCUCACCUUCUCUCUGACCCAGCUUCUGAUGGACUGGGGAGGUUACAGCCACACGUACGCCUCAUGUACCGUUCACCUGGACAACUGGUCGCAGCUCGCCGCCUAUGCGACCUUUACGGUGCUUUUCCACUGCAGCAGCUUUGCGCUAUGCCUCAUUGUCCUGUGCUUUGCCUACCUGAAAGUUUUGAGAGUGGCCAGGUCUCACUGCAAGAGGAUAGAUGUCAUUACAGUGCAGACUCUGCUUCUGCUGGUUGAUAUUCACCCCAGUGUGAAGGAAAGAUGUCUGGCUGAACAGAAGAAGAGGAAGCAGCGCGCCACGAAAAAAAUUUGCAUCUUCAUCGGCUCCUUCAUUCUCUGCUUUUCACCCUAUGUUAUAACAAGGUUGGUGGAGUUGUUGCCCUCUGUGCACAUCCCCCGGUACUGGGGUAUUGCUGCUAAAUGUCUCUCCUAUGCCAAGACCUCGAGCGACCCAUUUGUCUACUGUCUGUUGCGACAGCAGUACAGGAAAGUCCUGGUUAGCAUUAUCAGCCGGGUUCUGAGAAAGGAUCAAUACUCGCUGUCCGUCCACAGCACCAGCAGCACGCUCGACACCACAGAUGACAACUGUAUUGCCAGAAUAACCUGAGCAUGAUGUGCAAAUAUUUGGCUCAACGCCUGGAUCCCUUCUCGUCAGGGGCAGCCGCGCUGAUGGAAGUGUCUUAGUCAAGGACACUGUCUUUAACACAUGGGGUGGACCACAGGAGUCUUUAAGAUACAGUGUUGUCCACUGGGAGUUCUGUGAAGGACACCAUGAGCACUCACUGAGACCACACCGGCCUCUGAUGUGUGCCAAAGGUCUUUUCAGAGUCUACAGACUGCUGUUUCCACAGGGCUUGUCAGUUUGCCUGCUGAGGCAUUGCCAAGGAUACACCACAUGAAGCGCACAACACUAUGUUUAUUAUUAUCAUCAAUGUAAAUGUACGGUGAACUAAACUUUCUUUUGAAGUCAUCUUCAAGUUUCAGCAAAAAGAAAAAAAAAGGAAAAAUGGUCAUUCUGGUGACUGUUUUGAAGCCAGUAUUAAAGUUUAUGUUAGUGAGUCACACGCUGAAGACAGAGAGUGUAAAAAUAGGUGUGAGGAUGUUUGAAGAUGUUAUAUCACAGCAGAAACAGAUCAGAGAAUAAACUCCACUGCC